AUGAAUACAAAAUUGAGUCCACUAUAUAUAAAUGAACUUACAAGACAUACUGACAGGGCAAGCACCGUGUCUGGCAGGGAGGGCGGCAAGAAGGAGCCCCUGAAACAGCCCAAGAAGCAGGCCAAGGAGAUGGGUGAGGAGGAUCAGGCUUUCAGGCCAAAACAAAGGGAGAAGCAGAAGAAACUGGGAAAGCUGAAAGCUAAGGCCAUGGGGAGAGGCCCCUUGGCCACAGGUGGAAUUAAGAAAUCUGGCAAAAAGUAA